AUGCAAGAAUUCGACCUUGUCCUCAAGAAUGCCUUUGUAAAUGGAGCAUAUGUGGCCGAUAUAGGAGUGAAAGGUGGAAUCAUUACAGCACUCGGCCUCAAUCUCUCACCAACAGAAGACACACAAAUCAUAGAUUGUGAGAAAGCCAUCGUCACGCCUGGAGGUAUAGAUGGCCAUGUACAUCUUGCACAAGAUCAGUCGCCAAGAGCGAAAGAGGCCGGUUACAGAUGUGCCGACAAUGUUGAGACUGGAACCAGAAGCGCCGUAGCUGGAGGUACCACUACCGUCAUGCUGUUUGCCGAGCAGUCCCGAGGACAAUCUUUGCUGGAAGCUGUGGAGAAUUACCACGCACUUGUCGCAAGUCAAGGGUCAUAUGCAGAUUAUGGCUUCCAUGCGAUCAUCACCGAUCCCUCUGAGAAGGUACUCCAGGAAGAGCUCCCUGUACUAGCUCAGCAGGGUAUCAUGAGCAUGAAACUUUUUUUGACUUACAAGCACAUGCGGAUAUCCGACCAUCAGUUUCUACACGCUCUCCUGAAAGCACGUGAGUUAGGCAUGAUAGCCCUAGUUCAUGCAGAGAAUGGGGAUCUGGUUGACUUCUUCACCGAGCAAUUAGAAGCAAGAAACUUGACGGAUUCAAAGUACAAGGCUAUCGCACAUCCCAGCGCUGCGGAAGCGGAAGCAACGAACCGGGCUGUGACGUUUUCCACAGUAAUGGAUACCCCACUACUGAUUGUUCAUGUGUCAGUACCUGAGUCUGCAAAGGUCAUCCGAAAGGCGCAGGCAAAUCUCCAACCAAUAUUCGCAGAAACUUGUCCUCAAUAUCUGCUGUUGGGAAAGGCCAAAUUGGAUCAAGAACACUUUUGCGGAGCGAAGUUCAUUUGCUCUCCGCCACUGAGAAGUGAGAAGAAGGAUAUCGACGCGAUAUGGAGGGGUCUGGUGAACGGGACUUUCAACAUCUUCUCAUCAGAUCAUUGUCCUUACAGAUUCGAAGAUCCUUCUGGAAAGCAACUAGGCCUCACGAGAGCUGAUAACGGCAACCCUCAAGGAAUGUUCACCAAGACCCCUAACGGCCUACCUGGAGUAGAGACCAGAGUACCACUGCUCUUCUCCGAAGGAGUUCUUCGACGAAAAUGUAUAGACGUCAAGCGAUUUGUGGAGCUUACGUCGGAGAAUCCAGCAAAGCUGUACGGUAUGUACCCGCAGAAAGGUGCAAUACAGAUCGGAUCAGACGCAGAUCUUGUCAUCUGGCAUCCUGAAAGCUUCACUCCGAGACGUUUGAAGCACUCACGGGAUCUGCACGAUAACUGUGAUUACUCGCCCUACGAGGACAUUGAGUUUUUGAACUGGCCAAAAAUCACUGUGCUCCGAGGCAGAGUAGUGUUCCGCGACGGCGUAGUUCAGGGACGCUCAGGAUAUGGCAACUUCAUCAAAAGAGGCAAGUGUGCAAUGCCAGUAGUGAGGGUUAUGGAACAAGAAUGGGAUGUGCUGCACGCAGCUGUAUGACUAAAUAGCUAGCUUUACAUCACUUCGAGUUGUCAUAUCAGUUGAUCGCAGAGUCCGGUAGCCAAUCGAGACCAGAAAACCAGUCCAAACCUUCAUUGAGAAGAAGUUCACGGACUUCGUCGUAUCCUGUGUUCGAGUCGAAUAGAGACAAGUCGCCUCCAAUGUUGCCAUCACAGAAAGUACUGGAAGUCUGCACAGUCUCCUGCGGUUGUACGUCAUUCGGUGGCAGGCCAUUGUCUCUUCUGAUACUUCUAGUUUCGAUCUGCGCCAGUGCUGAGUCGUGCACUAUUUCAUAACUGUCUCGAGCAUUUCUCGUUUCGGUGUUUUCUGACCUGCUCACUAAUUCGACAAG